AAAAGAGCGUUUUUUGCCAGGGUGCGCGGGAGAAGGAAAGAGAAAAAAAAAAGAGUAGGGGCUGCUCCUUCUCUGAAAGUACGAGACAAAAGCAGAUACCACCGAACACAGCGAUCCUUGCAUCCCCACGGACUCUUCUUGACGCUUCUGCGAGGUGUGGAGGGGAGUGAGUGAGCCUGCCGUGUGCUUCUCCCGUACGCAACUCCGGAACCGGAAACAGCGUGAAAAAACCCCCCCGUGUCGCCAUUUCGUCCGUGUGUGUGUGUCUUCUUGUGGAUGUUUUGUCAACAGUGUCGGAAUCCCGAGCGUUUUCUGGCAUCGUUAGGCGCUUCGUGGAACGCCAGCGAGCCUCGGAAUGGCAGGCCCAGGCACUCGCUCGUAAGUACGGGUCCAGCGCGCGAGUAGCCCAGCGCGCCGCUCGUACGGCAACCCUCCGUACCGACCGGCCCGACCGUAGGGUUAGUGCGGUCUCUCGCUUGGUUGGUCCUCCUAUUCACAAUGGGGGCUUUUAAUGCGGUGGCUCUGUGUGCGUGCUUUCGCGAUUGACGUUUAACCUUUCGUAUCGGGUUAGCGGACCCUUUAGACGCCGACGAUGGACUUGUCCCUCGUAGCAGGUUUCUACGAUGGCGUUGAGGUGUGAUGGACAUCAAGGAUCUGGUCUUUCCGGACCCGCGCUUGGACACCAUGAAGGCAUGGACUGGAGGGUUAGGUCAGUUAGAAAGAUUCCUUGAGAGCAGCUGCGGCCGGAGCACCGAACCGGCGCCCUCCGACAUGUUCCCGGGUUUUCCGAGCUCCGGCUCAUCCCAGGGCAUGCCGGGAUCCGCCCCGUUGAACCCCGGCGCAGCCGCCAACCCCUGGUUCCACCAGUCGGCCUUCUCGAUGGCCACCGACAUUCAUUCCGGGGCCUCGGGGACUGCCUCUUCCUCGAUGGCAGGGUCCCCUUACUGGCUUCCUCCGCACCAGUAUGCGCCUACGUCCGCUGCCGACCCGCACCAGUCGCGCUACAGUGCAGGCAAUGACCUGUACUCUGCGUCUACCUCUGCGGCGGCGACACCAUGGUGGUUUGGGCACAACACGUCGACCGCGGGUAGCGGACUUCACUCGUCGCAGUAUUUCCAGCAGCACGUGCCUCGCAGCGACCCCAUGUCGAACCCUUUCCACACGCCGGUCCCUGCGACCACUUCAAAGACCCCAGGCUACCUCCAGCACGGGCUUGCGACUCAACAGCACCUACAGCAGCAGCAGCAGUCCGCUGCCCCGUCCCCCACCACUCAGCAGCAUAACCUCCAUCAUUCAUCAGUGCAGCAGCAACAGCAGCAGCAGACGUACCAUCACCACUCGCCAGUCACAUCUCAGCACGAGACCAUGUCGACCCCUGCCGCCAGCACCUCCAUUCAUCCCAUCAUUCCGUCGAGCCAGCACCAGUCUAUUGGCAUCUCCAGCCAUCAUCAGCGCUCGCUGAUGUCGUCCUCGUCGUCGCAGCAGCUGGGUUCGCCAACCUCGAUGAUGGGCCAGCAGCACGAUGGCAUGGGCGGCCAGACAAGUCGGCCCCAUCAGCAGCAUCAGCAACAACAUCAUCAACAGCAGCAACACCAACAACACCAGCAGCAGCAACACCAACAACACCAGCAGCAGCAACAUCAACAGCAGCAACAGCACCACCAGCAUCACCAAAUUCAAAGGCCCGUGGCGCCGAGAGCACAACAGCAGCAGCAGACGCAGCAGCAGAAGGGAAGUUAUGGUGGCAUGACACAGCAGCAUGUUCAGUCUGCACCAGCACAGCAGCGCAUCAACCACCAGAGCAUGAUGGCACCAAUAUCGUCAAGCUCUCAAAUGAUGGCGCCGCCACAGUCGCAGCCACUCAACAGCAUAGCUUCCGGAGGUCUGGACACCAACAUCCAGCCGAUCUUCGAACUUUACGGACACGACCCGCUUGCCUCAGUCCAGGGUGGGCAGCAGUUCCACCAUCAGCUGCCGAGGUUUGAUGUGCCUGCGGCGAGCUCCGCGAGCGGGCAGGGCUUCACGCAGCUGCAGUCGCAGACGACGUGGAUACCCCCGGAGGCUCUGAGCGGUGCAGAUGCGUCAAAGACCAAGUGGGCCAAGCCCGAGGUUGGUGCCGAGGCGGCGGCUGAGAAUGAUGCCAAAGAGGGUGCUGCCAAGCCUGACGCGGCGGCUGGUUCGCCCACCAAGAAAGGCAGGGGGAGGAGGAAAAAGGAGGAAAGCGCGAAGAAGAAGCAGAAACAGGACCUUCUCGCUGAAGCCAAGAAAGGGUUCCAGAGAAAAAACAUCCGUGACAUCAAAAAUGAGUCGGACCUGGACGAGGUGACACUGAACGCCCAGAAGGAGGAGCAGGAGCGCAUGAAGCGUCUCCAGGAGGCUCGGCUCCGAGCGCUCCAGAGCCAGGGCAUAGCGACGGGCCCCGCCCCACCCUCUGCGAUAGCCCCGAUCGCCCUGGAAAGCAGCAGCAGUAGCAGUGAUGACAGCUCGUCGGAGUCCGAGGAUGAAGCGUUGCCAACUGUUGUACCACGGAGAACAGGUGGAGACGUGAUAGACAUCUCGUCAUCCGAUGAAGCCAAGAUACCCGAGGAGGAGGACGAUGACGUCGUGAUGGUGGUGAGUGACGGAGACGACGCCGAUGACGAAAAGGGCGACGAUCUUAACGACGGGGCUCACAUCAAUGAUGCGGUCAACCAACCAGAUUCUAUGGGUCGGGUCCUGGUCAAUGUAGGGCAUCCACCUGAAGACUCUGACGUCUUCUUAGCGCCGCAGUUGGCGCCCAUUGUCAAGCCUCAUCAGAUUGGUGGCAUUCGGUUCCUGUUCGACAACGUGGUGGAAAGCGUGAGCCGCUUCAACACGUCGAGCGGCUUUGGCUGCAUCCUGGCUCACAGCAUGGGCCUGGGCAAGACCAUUCAGGUGAUCUCCUUCGUGGACGUCCUGCUGCGGCACACGGCUGCACGCAAGGUCCUUUGCAUCACCCCCAUCAACACAAUCCAGAACUGGCUCGCGGAAUUCGACAAGUGGGUGCCGGCGCCCGAGGCUAUUCCGCAGAACCUUGUGGAUUCGGGCCAAGUGAGGCCCCGCUCGUACCACGUCUACCUCCUCAACGACAUAUACCGCUCCACUCCAGCCAGGGCAGAGUUGAUCUUGGACUGGCACAAGAAAGGCGGUGUCCUGCUGAUGGGCUAUGAGAUGUACCGGAUGUUGGCGCUCAAGAAGGUAGUGCGUCCCAGCAAGCGCCGGAGAAGUCCUAAAAAGGAGGACCUCUCGGCGCCGGAGGACGAAUCUCGUCACUCGCAGCUCCUGGAUGACAUCUACCAGGCCAUUGUGAACCCGGGCCCCGAUCUCGUCAUCUGCGACGAAGGGCAUCGCAUCAAGAACUGCAAUGCAAGCACUUCCACUGCACUCAAGAGCAUACGAACUAAGCGGCGCAUCGUGCUGACGGGCUACCCGCUGCAGAACAACCUGCUAGAGUAUUGGUGCAUGGUGGACUUUGUGCGGCCCUCGUACCUGGGCACGCGCUCCGAGUUCUGCAACAUGUUUGAGCGGCCCAUCCAGAACGGACAGUGCCUGGACAGCACGCCCAAGGACCGGCAGCUCAUGCGCUUCCGUGCGCACGUCCUGCACAGCCUGCUCCAGGGAUUUGUACAGAGGCGAGGCCAUGCGGUGCUCCGGGAUGCCCUGCCCCGAAAGGAGGAGCACGUGCUGCUUAUUCGGAUGACGCCCAUCCAGCGGACGCUGUACCGGGAGUUUGUCAAGGAGUUUCUUCACAACUACAGGGUCACAAACCCCCUCAAGUUCUUUGCAGUCUGCUGCAAGGUGUGGAACCACCCCGACAUCCUGUUCCACCUGGUGCAAGAUAAGAAGAACGAGGUGGGCCUAGACAUCGACUUGGACAUCGACCUGAUAGGCCCACCCGCAGUCAAGGAGACGCACGCCAAGAAGCACCACCACCACCAUCACCACCACACCAACGCAGCAGGCCUCCCAGACUCCGUAGUUGCGGAAAACAGCUGCCUGGGGCCGGAUGGCAGCCUGGUCGGGUGCCUGGACCCCCUGGGUCAGCCGCAGGACUCCCCAUACAACGCCUACGGGGCCAACUGUGACGGCACCUCAACGGCAGUGUCCGGCAUGAGCCUGAACAAGCCCAAGUACACGCAGGAGCAAGGUGUCAUCGCGCCUUUUCGGGAGAAGUCAGACAACAACAUCAGCUACGAAUGGGCAUACCCGCUGAUGGAGAAGUACCUGCCUGACAUGCUGGACAACAGCUACAAGUUCCUCGUGCUCAUGACAAUCGUGGAGCAGACGCUGGGCGUGGGCGACAAGCUGCUCGUCUUCAGCCAGUCUCUGUCCACGCUGGACCUCGUCGAGCGGUUUUUGAGCCGCCGAGAGGUGCCCCUCCGGCCGGGGCUCCCCCACGGGGAGAAGUGGAUGCGAGGGAAAAACUACUUUCGCCUGGACGGGAGCACAUCGGCGCAGGAGCGCGAGAAGCUCAUCAACGAGUACAACUGCAACCAGAUGGUGAGCCUGUUCCUGCUGUCGACGCGGGCGGGCUGUUUGGGCAUCAACCUGACCGGCGCCAACCGCAUCGUGGUGCUCGACGCCUCGUGGAACCCCUGCCACGACGCCCAGGCCGUGUGCCGCAUCUACCGGUACGGCCAGGCCAAGCAGUGCCACAUCUACCGCCUGGUGUGCGACAACUGCCUCGAGAAGCGCAUCUACGACCGGCAGGUCAACAAGCAGGGCAUGUCAGACCGUGUGGUGGACGAGAUGAACCCGGAGGCCAACCUGACCUGGAAGGACGUCAGCACCCUGGUGCAGGACAACGAGGACGACCCUCCUGUGCAGGACCUCUCGGCCGUCGCCGGUGGGUUCUCCGACUCGGUGCUGCGCACGCUCACCAUGGAGUACUCGCACUGCCUCACCAAGGAACCGUUUGAGCACGAGUCUCUCCUGCUCGACCGCAAGGACCUGAAGCUGACCAAAUUUGAGAAGCGGCUGGCCAAGCAGAGCUACGAACUGGAAAAGAGGGCCACCCUCCACGGAGGUCGUGCGUACAUGCACGCGGCCAACUACUCUAACGGGUACCAGACGUGGCAGAACCGGCAGGGCACGGUGACUUUCCUGGGGCCUGGCCCGACGCAGACCACGCCUUCGCCGAUGCAGCCUGGCUCGCAGAACGGGGACAUGCCCGUCUGGGGCACGCCGAACGUCAUGCAGUCCCUGCUGCGACAGGGCAUGACUGUACAGAGGAUGCGGGUGCCUGCAAAGGUCACCAUACCGCUGAACAAUUCGUCGGAUCCUCCAGUGGAGAUCCCACCGGGAACCGAGAUUCUGGUGAUGAAGACGCCGAAAGGCGUGUACCUGCGGAUUCCGGACGGCCGCAUUAUCGCGGUGCGCCUGCCCACGACUGGCGAGAUGGCUGCUGCCGGACAGUCGGGUGAAUCUUUGGGUGGUAACGCUGCAACGACAAGUGCAGGGAACAAGAAGUCCUUUGGCAUUAUUCAGCCGUCACUGCAGUGCGGAGGCCGAGUCCAACUGUCGGCAGAUGCAGAGCGUCGGAUCGGCAAGGGUCCACCUGAGGUGAUCAAUCUCGACGACGACAGCGACCUGCCGGACGAGAGCAGCGACGACGACGACGCUCGGAAGAACGGCGCCAUCGUUCCCAUGUCCGCGACGGUCAGGGCGCCAGUCAUCGACAAGCCCAAGGAAGCAAACGGUGGCGCAACCAAGCCAGUACCGGUGUGACGAUGGCAACAGCGCUAACAAGCUACAGCGUCUCGUCGUCGUGGAUCUCUCGUCUGCCUGUGUGUGCGCGUUCGUGUGGGUGAGAAGAUCGUCAGGUCGUCUUCGACUGUCCUCCGCGCAUGUCGUGGCCACAGUGCCGCAUCAACAACCAGGAGAGAUAAAACAAAAAAAAAAAGUGUGUUCCUCGAACGUAUGUGCUCCCCGAAUGAACAGCGGCCUUUAUUCCAGCACUGGGUGCGUAAUCGAGCGAGGGAACAGCAGCACCACUAAAUAAGAGCAUUCCAAAAAAAAAAAACGGGAAAAAAAAGAAAGAAAAUGAAAUGAGAGAUGCACGACGCCUUCCACACCCGUAUGGAUUUUUGUUUCCCCGCUUCGCUAUCCAAGGUGGCCGUAUGAAGUCUGAAUUUUUUCCUUAUUUUGCCCGAGGAGUGUUUCAAUUAAGAGAACUGGAAGACAUAAUGAACUCAUUGUGCGGAAACUCCAUGGACAGCUGCUGCGUGUAAAUGUGUGCGUGCUUGUGUGUGUGUUGCACCAACAGAAGAAAACAAGGUGUGUGUUAGAAAUUUGAAAUUUAUUUAUUUAAAGAGAUUGUAAACAACAAAAAAAUGAACUGCCAGAGCAGCGCCGCGAAUCCCAGACUCGGCGAGCUGCGAUGACGAACAUGGAUGAAGGAGAAUCGGCGCGGGGUUUUACUUUUAAAACCGGAAGAGGAGCGUGUCCUCUUUUUUUUUUCUGCCAGUGCAGUAUUUAAACUAUCUUUUUCAUUUCGUUUUUCUUUCCGUUCCAUUUGGCGUAAAAAAUCGCGAUGCGCGUGUGUGUUGCGCCUGGGUCUUGGCGCGUCGUUCAAUCUAGUACAGUCCUCUCUCCACCGUCGCGUCUCUCUCUCUUUCCUCUAUUUCAACUUUUAUUUUACGGUGGCGUCGCACUCUGUACAGAAGCAUUUCCGACGCCUACAUUCCUGGUCUCAACACCUCAACUUCCUCAACCUUCCCUCAAUGUGGUGCAAGAGACAGACAGUUCAACGUUUCUUGCCUUGACCUCCCAUGUCAUCGAGUCCUCUGCAAGUGUGUGCGUGCGUGUCUAUUGUUUCCCGUGACUUCUGCAUUAAACUUUAUCAUUUCAGUGCAUCUAGCCAAGGGAGAUAAAAUGGAGAAUGUUUCCUGAA